GCGAUAUGCCUUUUUUUAACAGAGUCAUCUAAGCUUUUUGGAAACUGGUUCUUGCAAGUUUAGCGCAAACUAUCGCAAAGAGACCGCUUUUUAGAUGUUGUUGUAACCGGAAACCAGUGGUUUAUUUUAUUUCGAAAACACUAGGACGAGGGAAUAUUCGAUGGAAGAACUCAUGUCUUUUUCAUGACUUAUUACUGACACAUGUUAGCACGUAUUCUGUACAAUCAAACCGGCUAAAGAUUCUUUCUCUUUUUUAUGUCUUAUGCUAAGUAAUUUGCAUGGCACUGUUGCAUCGAUGAUGGCGGAGUAUGAUCUUCAUCGUGAACCCCAUUUCCGGUCGCUUUUUGUCUUGAUAGUGAUUUAUCUGCUCAUGAUCGUCAUCCAGACGGAAUGUCAUCCGUACUCUGCAUCAUCCAAAAAGACCUGUCCCACGUGCGCAGCCUGUCCGCCACCGUGCGCCGCCACGGCAGCAUCAACACCGCCACCCAACACCUGCCAGGAUAACCCAUGCUACCUUCGUUCGCUGCCGUUUCUCUGUUCAGCCCAGCAAUGCCAAGAGUUCAUCAACAGUACGAACGGGAACGGAAAAGCGAUUAUUGUCGACCUUCCCGAUAAACUGUGCAUAACAACGUGCCAAAUGCAGUGGUACAAUAACAACGGCUUCAUGAUCCAUCGAUUUGGGGCUUGCACACGCUACAAAGAUCUGGCGGUGCUGGUAGGACAGUUUCCUAGCGGUGCCCAGUCCACGGUUUCCUCGUACCUAACGUGCGGAUCGGACUAUGGAUUCUCAGCCAUCGCCGAUCAAAUCUUCUACGCACGAGCCAGUGGCAGCCCGUAUUAUCACGAAGACACCAUUUUGCAGUGCACACUGGCAUUGUAUAACACGCCGGUGAAUGAACUGUAUGCCGCGACAGAUUUCAAGAUGAACAUCAGAUACGUACCUGAGGACCAGUGCGGGAAAGUCUCCAGCUGGUAGAAUUACCAGCAACCCACCGACCAGUAUAUUUGAUUGAACUUUCAGUUACCCUAAUUUUGAUACAUGGUCUGAAUUACGUUUCGGCAUUGCUAUGUACUAGUACUUGGAUUCCAGGGAUGCAAUACGUGCGCGAACAGAUCUGCAGGGCGGAGCUCGAAUCAUGAUUGUUCUUAAUUUAAUGUAACUGUAAGCUUUCAUUGUGUGGUAAUGCAAUUGUUUUGGAAAAGAAAAGUUUUUCUGCCUGAGAUUGUACCGCUAAAAUACUAGCACUUUGCU